CGCGGCCGGGCGGCGGGGGGGCGGCAGGGGAGCGGCAUGGAGGCGGGCGCGGGGGGCUCGCGCGCCCACCUGGCCGCGCUGGUGCUGGCGCGCGGCGGCAGCAAGGGGAUCCCGCUGAAGAACAUCAAGCUGCUGGCGGGGGUGCCGCUCAUCGGCUGGGUGCUGCGCGCCGCCAUCGACGCCGGCGUCUUCCACAGUGUAUGGGUUUCUACAGAUCAUGAUGAAAUUGAGAAGGUUGCAAAGCAGUUUGGUGCUCAAGUUCAUCGCAGAAGCCCCGAAGUUUCUCAGGACUCCUCAACUUCUCUAGAAGCUAUCACCGAGUUUCUUAGUCAUCAUCAUGAGGUUGAUAUUGUAGGAAAUAUUCAAGCAACGUCUCCCUGUUUACAUCCCAGUGAUCUUGUAAAAGUGGCAGAGCUGAUCCAGAAGGAGGGGUUUGAUUCUGUCUUCUCUGUUGUGAGACGGCAUCAAUUUAGAUGGAGCGAGGUAAAAAAAGGAGAAAACAAAAUGACAGAGCCUCAAAACCUGAAUCCAGCAAAACGGUACCGGAGGCAAGAUUGGCCUGGGGAGCUGUAUGAAAAUGGCUCGUUUUAUUUUGCCAAGAGACAUUUGAUUGAGAAAGGCUACUUGCAGGGUGGUAAAAUGGCCUACUAUGAAAUGCGUGCGGAGCACAGUGUGGAUAUUGAUAUAGACAUUGAUUGGCCUAUCGCAGAGCAGAGAGUACUGAGCUUUGGAUAUUUUGGCAAAGAGCCAUUAAAAGAGGUGAAGCUGUUGGUUUGCAGUAUCGAUGGAUGCCUGACAAAUGGUCGCAUUUAUGUGACAGAAGAUCGAAAGGAAAUGGUCUCCUACGAUUAUAGAGAUAUUGUUGGUAUUGAUCUAUUAAAGAAAAGAGGAAUCCAGGUUCGACUCAUCUCUGAAAGAGAUUGUUCAAAAACGCUGUCAGCCAUGCAGCUGGGAUGUAUAGCAAAAGUUAGUGCAACAAAUAAAUUACAGGUCCUGGAGGACUGGCAAAAAGACAUGGGUUUGAGCUGGAAAGAAGUUGCUUACUUAGGAAAUGAAGACUCUGAUGUGGAAUGCCUGAAGAAAGCUGGCAUGAGUGGUGUGCCUGCUGAUGCUUGUGCAAUUGCUCAGAAAGCUGCUGGUUAUAUCUGUAAAAGCAAUGGUGGCUGUGGAGCUGUCCGGGAGUUUGCAGAACACAUAUUCCUGUUGUUAGAAAAAGUGAACUCUGCAAGAAAGCAAAUGGAAGAAAUGAGUUCAGCAGGAAAGGAAACAGGGGGAAAUGAGAACAGCAGGAGAGGAAAUAAGGAACUAAUGAAAAAAAAGUAGCACAGUUGGUCAGUCCUGCUUUUCUUCCUCCCUUUGUCUCCUCAGUAAGUCUGUACCCCAAAAGAUGGCUUAUCUUUCAAUUUUUACAUUGCAUUAGAACUAAAAAGAUGUUUUGCUCUAAUUUAAGGUCCCACUUUGAUACUCAUGAUUGUGUGCUGAUAAUCACAACCAUAUUAAUGAUUAUUUAAAAAGCCAUUUAAGUGCAAUGGAAGGAAUGCUGCAAAAGGUGGUGUCCUGUAAAUCUACUUCUAAUCAUUACAGCUGUCUUACAGGAAUGGUGUGCCUUUAUUUCACAAUCUGAAUAUUUUCAGGGAUCAAUGAUUUUGCAUCACAUGCAGAUUUGUAAUUCACAUUUAAAAAAAAAAUUGUCAGUUUUGCUCGUUUUGUUUACGUUUCCUCUAUCAUAUGUCAACAUGAUGAUGUAGUUGUGUGCUUGCUUUGUACAGGAUUUGUUCCUAGUAUAGAAGAGUUUUACAUAUGCUGGAGAGGUCAGGUGUAAAAUAACUCUCAAACUUCUUCCUAUAUUUUAAAAAGAUAGGUCAGUUACUGUAAAAUCAAUUAAUACUACUAUUAGUUAAGAAAAGCACUUAAGCAUGUGUUCGAUUUUUAGCUCAUAAAUAAUUAAAAGAUAGUUGGAAUUGUGCCUCUUUGAAUCUGUUUGUAUUGGGUUUUAUUGAAGUGAUUAAAUUAACCCAAAUGCUUUGCCAAAUUUGAAGUUAAAUUUUGCAUGAACUUUGAGAUCUUUCCUUUGCAGAAACUCUGUUUCUUUCUGUGAAGGCUUUAUUACAACUGUUAAUGAGAGAGAAAAAAAAAUCUUUAAUGUUUAUUGUAUGGAAAAGUAACUGCUGUUUAAAAAAACCCAACAACCCAAAGUGUUGAUGAUUGUGGGUUUAUAUAAAACAAAUGUUCAGGCUAUUUGUAGCAUGUUAAUUUAAAGGUGGUGUAUAUGUAUGUUUGUAUUUAUGGCAAAUACAAUUUACCACAUCUUGUUUAAAGAACUUGGUAUCUGUAAAAAUUUUUAGAACUGAGACUAAAAAUAUGCCUCAGUUUUCAGUCCCAGUACUUAUCAGCAAGUCAAGUUCUGUCUUGGGUUAUGGUAAAAAAUAAAAAAUACCCAUGGUACACAGGCAAUUACUACUAAGGUGAAUAAUAAUAACUUGUCAUUUUAUAUUGUUUCUCUGCCAAAUAGACACUCCCAAUAUAAUAUCACCUGAUACAUUGCCCUGUGAUUAACUUUGUGUUUACUUCCUUUUGCAACAUAAAAUUUUAAACUGAAAUUCUUUCACCACCUGUCCACAGUAGCAAGGUUAACAGGUGAAUAGUUUACUGUACUAAUUGCUUUAAGUUAUUAUUUAAGUAUUUCUUUUCAGUGAGGUUUUAGACUUCUGCGCUGAAUAAAUACCAUGGACUUUGGUAAUAGGAAAGCCACAUUUUGGACAGAACUGUGGACUUUGAUAUAGGUAGGUGUAUUACUUCAGUUGUAUAAACUGUGUGGUAAAGCUUCAGAAGUCCAGACUGGAUGAACAAUUCAGGUUUGAUAACGUCACUUAGAAUUGGCCAAGUUCUGUGUUACUUUGCCUUGUCAUCAUCACGUAACUUGUUGACUUCAAUUUCAAGAACAGUUUCGUGUGAACAGAUAGCUUUAAACAGUGUGACCAUGAUGAACUUGAUAGCCAGUCCUUUUAUCUUGGGGAAGGCAAAAAUGCAAAUAUGUGCAAUUAUAGAAAUAUGAGUUGGCAGUACUGUUUGUAGCAUAUUGUUUGAAUCAAGAACUCUUCUUAUGUUUCAGCUGCUUGCCGAAUGUGCUGCAUAUACAUUGGGUCUCUACCCAAAAUUUCUAUAUGUAUCAAAAGUAAAUGCAGAAACACUUUUGUAUAAAUGUUGGUAAUGAGCGGAAAGAAAUGGUAGCUGAUAUAUAAUUGUUUUCACUUUGACAAAUUCUUGUUUAGAAAAAUGUGGUAUAAUCUUACAUUCAGCAUAUAUGAAGAAUAAAAGAGCUCUAGAGACCAUUUACAAAAUAAAGCCUGUUUGAGGAUAUGGGGGAUGCACAAUCUGCUGCCUGAAAUGUUCAGAUUUGUAUUGCCUGCACUGCAAGGGAAAGCCUAACUAUCAAUUAGAGUAGCAUGAGGGAUGUCUUAAUUACUCCUCUUGAUUUUAUAGAAGAUUUUUAAUCAUACGAAGGAUUUAGGGGUCAUGGAGGCAGAGACAGUGAGGGUAAUUCUGAUAGUCACCUUAAAGGAGAAAUCCCAGGUCUUGGGCAAGCUUCAAAAGGGUAGUAUCUUUUGCUAAUGCCUGUUAUUUCAGUACAUAUCCUGGCACCAUGAUUGGCUUUCAUUAGAGGUGUGUGGUUCGCUCAGACUAGAUUUCAGUGGUCAUUUUUGUUACAGUGGGCUAAUCUUGGAAUAAUCUCUUCCGGCCAUUUGAGCACUUUUUUCUUUUUUUAACUUUAAAUUGCCUAGUAUAUUCCAAAAAAAGUAUUCAAUAAUGUGGGCUGUCUUAUCAUAAUUUUUUGAAACUGGAAAAAUUAUACUAUGUAAUAAUUUGUAAUAAGCUAUUAUGAAAAAAUAGCUGAUUACCUGAAAUUUGAAAUAAACAGUUUUCUUUAGUCUUUUGAGGA